AUGUCUGUGUCACGUGGUCCUCUCAGCUUCCUGUUUACCGCCUGUUUUACCUUCAGACUGUAGUACACAGAUUGCAACACCGCUCUGCACUACUGGGGAUUUAUUUCACAACAACAUAUGUAGCGACAGAACUGAGAUCCUGCAGCUACAUGGUUGACAACUGUAUAACUUUAUUCCUUGUAUCGUCUUGGCCAUGGUUACUAAGGAGACAUGAAGACGUGACAUUGAGGAAACGUGAGCAGGCCUGGGAGGAUCCUGGGGCUUUCCUGACUCCAGCUGACCGGAGUUCAGUUAACGUUCGGCGGUGUUGAGACUCGGCCAUCACUUCUACUCAUAUUGCAAUUGCAAACAAAGAAGCGGUGAUGUGGAGGACUACAAACGUCUGAAAUUGUUUACAUGAGUUCACGGAGAUAUUAGUUAAAGGAAACCACAAAGCUAAGCUGAACUAGCUUGUGCCGUGCUAACUCCGAAGGCAGCAGCAGUCGCCGCCGCGGUGUGAGUGGCAGGCUGUGGGGGCUAGCUGACGGGUUGUGUUAGGAGAGCGGAGCAGCUCGCCGGUGCCCUGAAUUCAAGAGGACUCCCCGGCUCCGGCCCACUCAAGCGGGCAGUCAGAAAGAAGCUGGCUGGGAAGGGAUGGCCUGGUCGGCCUUCCCGUUCCUUAGGACAAGGCUCUGCGGUGUUUGAAGGAGGUCGAGUUCGGCUAGAGGCCACCACCGCGGGUCGUGUCGCUAUGAUGGCCGCCUCCCCUUCCCUGGCCGGCGGUUUCCCAGCCUCCGCGCUAUCGUUCAAAAAGAGCGAGGAAAUCGAGGAUUUGAUAGAUUUGUUUUCCAAAAUGCAGUACAGAGCAAAGGAAGUGACUCCUCGGGUAGAGGCGAUAGAGAAGCGGUGUCUGGAGUUGUUUGCCAGAGAUUACAAGUACAGCAUCAUCCACAACGCCAAUGGAGAAGUGUGCGGGCAUUACCCCAGGCAGAUCGUGUUCCUGGAGUACGAAAGCACAGAUGUGGAGAGAGACAGGUUUGAGAGCGCGGUGCACAUCAGUAAGCUGCAGGACCUGGUGAACCGCAGUAAGCUGGCCCGCUGCAGAGGGAGGUUCGUCUGUCCGGUCAUCCUCUACAACGGCAAGCAUAUCUGCCGGUCGUCCACUCUGGCAGGAUGGGGGGAACUGUAUGGACGCACAGGCUACAACUACAUCUUCUCAGGGGGCACUGAUGACACGUGGACAGAGUCUGAGGAGGUCCCAGAGGAUGACAGUGCAGUCAGGAACGGGGACUCGCAGCUCUUUGACAAAGUCCGAGGACACGACAUUAAGCUGCUACGCUACCUCUCAGUCCGCUACAUCUGUGACCUGAUGGUGGAGAACAAGAAGGUCAAGUUUGGCCUAAAUGUGACGUCCUCUGAGAAGGCGGACAAGGCCCAACGCUAUGCAGACUUCACCCUGCUCUCUGUGCCUUACCCAGGGUGUGAGUUUUUUAAGGACUACAAAGACAGAGACUACACAGCGGAGGGUCUGGUGUUCAACUGGAAUCAGGACUAUGUGGACGCUCCUUUGACAAUCCCACUGGGCUUUACUCAGAACUUGAACAUUGACUGGACUCGAUACCAGUCGUGGGACCUGGUGGAGCAGACCCAGAACUACCUGAAGAUGCUGCUCCACAUCAUCAACAGUGAUGAUGAGAGCGGCCUCCUGGUGCACUGCAUAUCAGGCUGGGACCGGACACCUCUGUUUGUGUCCCUGCUCAGGCUCUCCCUGUGGGCAGAUGGCGCGGUGCACGCCAGCCUGCAGCCGGCAGAGAUCCUGUAUCUGACCAUCGCUUACGACUGGUUCCUCUUCGGUCAUAUGCUGCCAGAUCGACUCUCCAAAGGGGAGGAGAUUUUCUUCUUUUGCUUCAAUUUUUUGAAGCACAUUGUCUCAGAGAAGUUCUCAGCUGUUAAGAAACAGAGAAGGAAGAACUCCCACUUCAAAGACAGUGAUUUCACUGUGGAAGAUCUCGGCCAGUUAAAGUCGAGGGACCGCGGCAGUGUGACCAGUCUGAGCAGUGACUUCUCCCUCAUCACUGAGGAGGGGGGCGGAGCCUCCAGCCUCAACCCCGACACCGUGGACCUGUUCUCCAGCCAGCCCCAGGCCUCCAGCUGGAGAAAAGGCCCCACCUCCUCCCCUCAGAUGGUGGUUUGGAAUAAACCCACCCCUCCUGACGAGCAUCUCUCCCAUCCUCUCAGUGAGGCCAGGUCUUCCAGCUCUUCCUCCUCCAACCAAUCAGAACACGCCAUCACACGCACUGGCAGCAGCCCACUGGCUGUCCCUGGAAGAAGGUUGGCCGCAGACUACCCUCGGUCCGGCUCCUCCCUCUCCACGGAGUACGGCAGUUGGCAGAUAGUUUCUGGUUGUGGCAGCAUCCAUGACCACGCUCACUUCCCCCCCCCUCUGACCUCAGCCUCCUCCACCUCGUCUGCUGUGGCUGCUCCCUACGACUCCCCCCUGCCCUUCAGUUUUCAGGAUGAAGGACCUAGUGGACGAAUGCCUGAUGAUGAUAAUGAUGAUGAAGAUGAUAAUGAUGACGAUGAUGAUCAUAAUGAUGAUGACAAUGAAAAGUGUCCCAUCCCCUCGGAGCGUCAGGCCCGUCUGGAGGCGGUGCGGGAGGUCUUCCUGGCAGCCUACAGCUCCACCGUGGGCCUCAAGUCCUCGGCCCCCAGCCCCUCCACAGCCAUCACCGGCCUGUUGGAGCAGUUUGCCCGGGGGGUGGGCCUCCGGGGCACCAACGCCAUCGUCUGAACCCUCUCAAUGUGACCCCCCCGCUUCCAUCCACCUAGCCAGAGCCCGUGCAACACGCCUGGACUCCGUACAAUAAAGUGCCAAACAUCUCUGCUCAUCAGGGGAAGCACUCUUCUUCCUCCUCCUUUUAAUUUCCAACUUUUCUCUGGACUUGAAUCUUCCAUGUUCAGUCGCUUUCAGGGAGGGAAAUAUUUCAGCCACAGUAUCAAAAAGGGAUAUUGGGAAGGCUCUGUAGCUGCUGAAAUGUGAAUGUGUGAGAACAGGGUGUGUGUGUCUGUGACAGGAAGGACACACACACGUCUUACUUCCUCUGUUCCGUUCAAACAUGCUUUGUAUGCUUCAGGGUCCCUGCAGUGACCGUCCCAUGUACAGGCAGCGAUAUGUGUUCUCUUGUUUCGUGCUGCUAUUAAUUUCUGAUGCAAGCAGAGAAUGUUGUUUUUGUCCAGGUGCGUUUUAAAGAUAAAUACAGCACUUACUGUUCAGACAGAAAUGUUUUUCUGUUUCUUAUUUGGCCCAGGAGAGGAUCUAAAUAUCUAAUCUAUUUACAGCCUAGGGUCUAGAUUUAAAGGUAAAUAUUACAGUCUGUUUUAAUGCAAAACUCACCAGCCAUAUGAACGCUGAAAGAGUUACUGUAAUAAUUCCAUCCGUCCUUCCUGGCAGUGAAGGGUUGGUGUGAGUUGGGGAACUAAAUCUCCCUGCGCUGUUCGGUGACCCCACAAGCACUUUUUUUUUAAACGUUCUGAAACUUUGAGCCUCAUUGUGCUUCAACUGAAGUACUCGAAGCAGUUUGUACCACGUCUGGGGCUGUUACCAAGGUCCCACCUGGAGGCAGCCUCUGGACAGACGGGAGGAUAACAGCGGCUCUUCAGCGUGCGUACCGCAUGGGAGGAAGACAGUCUUAGUCAAAUAGGCUCUGAUCCUUUGAAGUAGAUGAGAUAAAAAGAGAAGAUCGUAACCCAAGAAAUGAAGUUGAUCCAAGCUACCGUAUCACCUCGCCACUGUCUCCAUAUCCUCCUAAAGUCCAUAUUCAUCACUUGUUCUUCUUCAGUAGCACUGACACGGUAGCACAAGAGGCACUGAGCAUCGUGGUAGCAGAUCUGUGAACCCAAGGCCUUUCAGAGCUCUUUCUCGACAGACUCAGCACAGACCCCUGCACAGCUGAUAUAUCACAGAGGUUGUUCCAAAACAUGUGCGUCCUCUUCCAGGUCGCACUGGGAAGGACAUUUCUACCUUUUGGUUAGAUGUACACUUUUAAGUAAUUUUCUUAAGAGAAAUCUGUUGAGUUUUCAUUUGAGACGAGCUUGUUGGUGCCGCUGCUGAACCUCAGGACCUUUUUGUUGUGCCUUUUUAUCUUCAGUCACACUGGAUCACACCUCCACUGCUGCUCCAGCUUCGGGUCCUUUUCUCUUUUUAAAUGGCUUUAAGAGCUUGGGGAGUUGACUGCAUUAGCAUUAGCAGCGUUAGCUUUGCAUAAAGCUUUUGGGGUGUCCCGUUGAUUGCUCAUUCUGUCGUGUCUGACGGACACCCCCGAGGAGGUUGGGAUGGGAAUUCGGUCAGUCAGCCCAGGAAUAGUAAGAUUUUCACCUCUGCCUUUGAAAACGACUGUAACAGAAGAGGAUUUUAUUGAUUUUAGGAAUAAUUGUUGUAGGAAUUAUGGGAAAUACCUUUCUUCACUUUAUUUGUAUCGGUGAUGUGAGAUGAUUGACCCCAAUGUCGGUGUUUUAAAUACAGCGCUAGAGCAGGGAUGCAUAUGGUCUAUAUUAGCCUAAAGAUUAGCUUUAAAGUCAAACAAAAUGUGAUGACAACAUCCAUAAACCUCGAUUCCCAUCUAGUCUGUUAAAGCGGAGCAUGGGUAAACAAAUCAGUCGGUUUACGGCUUGGGUUCGGGAUAUUUUUCAGAUUAGAGGUGCUCUGCCAGAGAGGUGAUGUUUUCAGGUUGGUUUGUCUGUGAUCGGGGUACAGAACUACUACCUCAAAGACUUGGUAGGAAGUGUAGCUUGAACCAAAGAGCAAACCAUUAUUGAUCCAACUCAAAGGUUGUGAGAUAGGCCAGGUCAUUCGCCCUUCCAGUUCCCUUUUUCUAGUCGUAUGCUAAGCUAGGCUAAUCACUUCCUGUCUCUGAGGUCUGUACUUAACACACAGACAUGAAAGUGGAAUCGAUGUUCACAUCUCAAUCUCAUCAUUUUCAAAUGUUCUUUCUACAUGUGGUGUUCUGAUUCUGAACUACAUUCUGCUGAGCUGAUCUGAAGCAAGACAUUUGUAUUUCUGUAUUCUUGGCAUUAAGUGAUUUGAGAGCAUUUGGUUUGUAUGGCCACAUUUAUGAGUUUCUGCAUGGGCUGUCUAAGUGUUUAUUUUGUACAGCUUUACUUGAGACUUUCAGGCGCGGUCUGGUUUUAAGCUUUCUUUGUAAGAUGUCCUUCCUGUAAAGGAGUUUUGAUUCAGUUGGGGUUUCAUAUCGGUUGUUUUUAUUCUGCCAUCCUUUCUACUGUCUGUCUGCAUCACAGUAACAGUCAUUUUCAACAUGUUGAACAGUUCUUGUACUUUGUUACUUCAGAUACUCUUUUCACUCACUGGUUCUGCAUGACAUCCUCAGAGUAUCUCAACUGCGGAAUAUAAUGUUUUUUAUUUGUUUGACAAAUGACUUAUUUUGAUUUGAUUUCAGAAUCUCUUUAAAACGCUGCAUUGCACUCGUCCUGAUGUUCUCUCUGUAGAGUUAUCUCUGUACAGUUGAUGCAUUUUUAAAUAACUCUUCCUUUUUGUUUUUGUUAUACAUUUCUCUUAACUGUCGGCCGGCGACAGGCUACAAUAAAAGGUGAACUGAGCAGCAGGUGGCAAUUGUGAAUAAACAACAAAAAAAUGAA